GUUGGGCACCAUAAGUGCUGUCUCGCCCCCUCUCUCCUUGCACAGCCCUGGAGCUGACACACAGUUGAACAACAUGGGGCUGCAACUUGUUUUGAGGAAUAUACUUUUUCUUAUGCUGGUGUUUCCGAUGUGGGGCCAAGCCGAACAACGUAAGUAUUCCUUUUUUAGCAUCAAUGUGGUUUAACUUUCAUGGAUAAAGCUGGCCUUGUUAAUAUAACAAAAUUAAAUAAUUCCAAGAAUCAAUAGCCUUACAGUCCAUUUAAAUAUUGUCAACCAUAAAACAUAGCUACUUGUAGGGUCUACUCUAAAUCCUAGGUGCGUUGUUUUCCACAGUAUGCUCUGCUCCGGAUGCGAAUGUAACAGAAAACAACGAGGUUGGAAUCGUUGUUACCACCAUCUGGAAGCUCAACUCAGGCGUCGCUCUCGAAUUCAUUAAACCUCCAAAUGACAACCCAUUCAUCCUGCAGGGAGACCAAAUGAUAGCGACCAGGGCAUUGGACUUUGAGGCAGGUGAUACUUACAUAAUGAAUAUCAAAUGCACGGAUACAGCUAUUCCAGCGUUCAACCUCGAAAUCCGUGUGAUAGUCUAUGUAAAGAAUGUGAACGAUGCGGGCCCUACGUUUUCACAGAACUCGUACGACCUCAACGUCAAAGAGUUUACCCGUGUGAACCACGUUGUUGGGACUUACGACGCCACUGACAAGGACUCGACAUUACUUUACUACAAACUGAUCGUAGAACCAGACGUAGGAUUUGGAUUGGAAUCUCUUAACAACGGAAGAAUUGUAGUGAAAAGCCUUCUGGACUAUGAUGCGAUUAAAAGUGUGAAACUAACACUUUACGCUCAGGACACAGCAGACCCCACACCUGAAGGUGUACCGUCUUUCACCGCCAGCACCACCAUCAUGGUCACAAUCACUGAUGAUGACAACAGACCCCCCUGGUUCCAGCCAUGUGAUGUCAUCAGCGUUGGACAGAGUAAAAUCUGCCAGACCUAUGGCUACACAGGAAGUGUGAGCCUUACAGAGCAACAGGCGGAUGCCUUAACUUUGGAGCCAGGACCACUUUAUGCUGUGGAUGGUGAUAAUGGAAUUAACACAGCAAUGGUAUACUCAAUUUUAAAUGGAAACACAGGAAAUCUGUUUCAAAUCAAUGCGAACAGUGGAAACAUUACAAUGACGAAAGCUGCGGAUGUCCCCGGCCCAAUCGUCCUCAGUGUCAUGGCUGCACAAACCGUCAAUAGCUUCCAAUUUGCCACAACAACAGUCACAAUCCAGGUUGUCCCCAAGAGUCUGCAUGAGCCAGUAUUUAAGGGGGCUCCAUACAGUGGCGUUGUCUCUGGCCUGGGCUCCAUGGUUUUUAAAUCAACUGACAAUACGCCCCUGAUAAUCCAGGCUACAGAUGAAGACUUCCUUGGGGGGAUGAAUCCUGACAUUGUGUAUGCAAUCAUUGGAACCAGCAAUUUCUCAAUAAUAGGGCAUAACUUGUUCUUGAUGAAGGACUCUCCAUUGGGUGCCGUUACCCUACAGGUCGAAGCAAGUGACACUGCAGUUGGAGAUGUAAUAACAGCCGAAGUGCAGGUAGAAGUGACCUCAGCUGCAGGUGGAGCUGGCAGAUACGGUGCAUCAGACAUGGCGGCUCUCGGAGCCACCCUGGCCGUUUUACUAUUCAUAUCUCUGGGAAUCAUUGGAUACUUGGUUUAUCGUGUCCAACACGGAAAAGCAGCCUGGGGGAAACUUUCCGAAGCCAGUGUUUUCCGAAGUUCUCUCGGGUCGAGGUCCAGGGGGUCCUAA